AUGGAGAAACUACUUCAGUGGUCGAUUGCCAAUCAGUCAGACGACAAGGAAUUGCGGGCCAAGACCCCAGCGCCAGAUCCUGAGCUCCUGGCUCAGCUCUUUGGACAGGCUGUGGAUGAGCCUACACAGAUGAAGCAAAAUAUGGCAGUCAUUACAAGCCCCGAGAUCGAUUUGGAGAACAAGCUCGUUGCCUUCGACAAUUUUGAGAUGUUGAUCGAAAACCUCGACAAUGCAAAUAAUAUUGAGAACUUGAAGCUUUGGGAUCCGUUGCUGCAGCAGCUCAGCAGCCCAGAGCCCAAACUCCAGGCCUUGGCUUGUUCCUGUAUAGGAACCGCCACGCAGAACAACCCUAAGUCACAGCAAAAUUUCCUUCAGUAUGCGGAGGGCGAGAAUGGGAUGGCAAAGCUUGUGGAGCUGGCUUCAGACAAGUCUCCAGAAACGAAUCUGAAAGCUAUCUAUGCUCUGGCAAAUAUCGUGAGACACAACAAAGAAGGCGUGGAAUCUUUUGAAAAACACAAUGGAUGGGACAUUAUUGCACCGAUUUUGAACAGCGACAAGUCUACUGAAAAGCUGAAGCUGAGAGCACUAUCGCUGCUGAACGCUGCUUUAUCUACCCCAAUCGACUCGGCUAGACUUGAAAAAUUGCAGCAAGACCAGGUUGUCAAGUCUCUGCUCGGUCUAAUAAAGGUAGACGGCCACAUAGGAUGCAUAGACUCUGCCACCAACAUUGUGACGACGCUGAUGUCUCACAAGUAUAGUUUUGACGACGAGGAGAAGAAAAUGGUGGUCCAGGCGGUGGAACAACUGGAGAAGAUGAAAGAUCAAAUCUCGCACGAGGACCUGCAAAUCUUGAAGUCAGUAUCUUAA